UUUAACAAAAAAAAUGCAAUUAGAUAAUUCCACUAGGAGGGGCUUAUAGCCGGUAUACCCCUAUAAAUAAGUAUAUACAGUUAUAGUUCGCACAUAUAGAAACGUCAUACAGCUUAACAGCAACAAUUUGCAACGAUCAACAAAUAUAUAUAACAAAUAAAAUAAUAAAAUGCAACAACGAGAGAAAACUAGAGAUUUCUGUACAAAUAGGCGUCAAAUUUUCCAGCAUUUGCUAAAUAACACAAGGCAUACGCGCGUGAAAAAGCGAAAUUAAAUAUAUAUAUAUACAUAUAAACCAAAAUGUAAGCAUAGACAUACAUAUAUACAUAUAUAUACAAUAUGUAUGAAGACUUGUGCACAUAUUUGUUAUUUGAAAACUGAAAACACAAACCAGCGCCAACUCGCUCCAAAGCUCAAGCAACAAUUUCAGUCAGUUUAAAUUGAACUGUCUUCGAGUAUACACCUUUGGUUUGGUUAUUCUAUUGCAGAAUAAAGAAAACUUGUUGAUUUUUCAAGUGUUUGUGAACGAAAAAAAUUUUGUCAGAAUCAAAAUGAAGCAAAUUAUUGCGCUAGUGCUCUUCGCCGCCUGUCUAUUGCCCAACGGGCAUGCCAUCAAAUGCUAUCAGUGCAAGUCGCUAACGGACGCCAAUUGCGCCAAGGACGUCAUCGAUUCCACCGUAAAUAUUCAAUCGGUGGAUUGUGAUCACGUGCCGAAACCUAACACUAUGGAUCAGUUGUUGCCGGUUACCAAAUGCAACAAAGUUGUAACCAGCGACAAAGCUGGUAUUAUAGUGUCACGUGACUGUCACUUUGAAGUAGUGGGUCAGAAGCCUGAUGUUUGCACAGUCUCCCACAGUCGCGAAGUACAGAGCUGUCACAUUUGCAAGGGUGAUCUCUGCAAUGCUUCCUCAGCUGGUUUCAUGGUGAUCAGCUUGGCGGCGCUAAUUAGCUUGGUCGCUAUGCAAUUUGUAAUGUAAAUUAUAUUUUGUUGAAUAUUGUUAGAGACAAUCAACUAAAUAAACUCUUGGUAGAAUAUUUGCAAAUUGCAAAUUUAUUAUGUCGUAACAUGAAAAAUACUAAAUAUGUACAUACAUAACAAUUGCCUGUCUCUAACUAUGUAAAUAAUAUAGUUUAUCAGUAAUUUGUAAAAUUAAACAAUACAAAAAAUGUUUUUCGAUCUGGUGUUACAUAUGUAUUAUCUAGAAAAAUAUGAUACACUUACACAUUUACAAAAGUAAGCAUUUAGAGAGCUGAUGGUAUUAAAAAACAAUAUUUUAUUAAUUUAUACAAAAUGUAUUUAAAGAAUUUAAUAAAAGUAGUUUCAGUAAAAAUA